CUUGCUUGCAACCUGUAGCUUUUAGGGCAUUCGAGGAGACCUAGCCUGAUGAUAACAUAGAAAGUAACCGAUGAAUGUCUAAUUGAAGGCGCAUUUUUAAUUGAAUUAAUUAACGAAAAUAAGUGUUUGCAACUGAUUAUUUUUAUCUAGAGACUGAAACAAGAAAACAAGUCACCAUGGGUCGACGAUCGAUCAACACCACUAAAAGUGGGAAAUACAUGAAUCCCACUGACCAAGCUCGAAAGGAGGCAAGGAAAAAAGAGCUGAAAAAGAACAAGAAGCAGCGUAUGAUGGUGAGACAGGCUGUUUUGAAAGGCAAAGAUCCACUGAAACUGCUCCAAGAAAUGGAAAUGAUAGAUAAAAUGGAGUAUAACCCAAUUGAGGCACCGAAGUUGAAUGAGAAAGUAUUGAAAGACAAGAGGAAAAAACUGAAGGAGACUUUUCAAAGGGUUAUGAAAUUAUAUGAAAAGGAAAAUCCAGACUUUGCUCGUGAUUUACGUAAAUCUGAAAAUGAUUACGAAAAGAAAAGAAUGCAACUUCAGGUUUAUUUUGAACAAGUGAAGAAUGCUGAACGAGUACAACUGGAUCAGAUUCCCUUACCAGACAUACCACAACAUAGUACUAUACCUUCUCUAAUACCCCUGCCCAAUGAAAUCCCAAUACCAAGUCUGGAUGAGAUCAAACAGCCCCAUGGAAUUCUCAAGAAGUCAUCUGCAUAUGGACAUAGAGAAGUAACAGCCAUGGAGUUAGAGGUAGCCAGGCGGAGAAAACCUGUUGGGCCUCCGCCUGGGCCUCCUCCAGAACUGUCUGACAGUGAGGAUGAGGAGUAUGAUCCUGCCAAAGACAUAGAGGAGAACAUAGGCACAGUAGAUGUGGACAUAGAGGAGCCCCAUGAGAUGAUUGAGGAUGAACCAAUGUUACCAGAGCCAGACCUGGAGGAGACACAGCUAGCGAAGCAGAGAAAGAUUCGAUUUGUUGAUGAUGAUACAAGGGAUCCUGAAGAGGAGGAGAAGGACACACGAUUAAAGUUUGGUUUACAGAAGAAGGCAGGGGUGACACCAUUACAGGCAAUGAUGUUGAAGAUGGCAGGUCAGCCAGGCCCCAAGGGUGUAGAGGUGCCAUCAGUGACAGAAGAAGAGGAUAGCAGAAGCAUGAGAUCCCGAGACCGGGAUAGAGAUCGGGAUCGAGACCGUGACAGGGACAGGGAUCGUGACAGAGACAGGGAUCGAGACAGAGAUAAAGACAGAGACCGAGAUAGAGACAGAGAUAGGGAGCAUGAUAGAGAACGAAGUCGAGAUAGAGACAGAGAUAGAGAUCGAGAUCGAGACAGGGAUCGAGACAGAGAUCGAGAUAGGGACAGAGAUAGGGAGAGGGACAGGAGAAGUGAAAGACGAGACGAUUCCAAAAGAGAUGAUGAAGACAAGAAGAAAGCUGUGGCUAAUCUACCAGAUGGUCCUCCAGGAGAUGAUUCUGCACAACAGGCUUCUACAAGACUUAUACCUCCUGGUCCCCCUCCAGGAGCACCUCCAGGUCUUCCACCAGGAGUUCCUCCAGGUCCCCCUCCAGGAGCCCCUCCUAUGAUGUUCAGACCCCCGAUGUUGCGAGGAGGACCUCCAGGAGCACCCCCAAGGAUGAUGCCCCCUGGUCCUCCACCUGGUCGGCCUCAGGGUCUUCCCCCGGGACCACCACCCGGUUUACCUCCCAACAUCAGGAUGCCACCACGUUUACCUCCUGGUCCACCAGGUGUUAUGCCACCCAGAUUAAUGAGACCCCCAGGUGGGCCACCAAACAUACCUCCUCCAGGGUUACCUCCUCCUGGUAUGGCCUCGCAGAAUCCAAAUGUGCUUAGUGCACCACCUAGUAUUAUGAAGCUCCCUCAGAAGAUCAGUGGGGAUGACAAGAAAAAUACAGCAACUAUUGAGGCCAAGCCUCAGAUCAAGAAUGUAAUGGGAGAUGUAACACGGUUCACUCCAACAGCUCUCAAAGUCAAAAGAGAAGUGCGUGAUGCUAAGGGCCGAGUCAAACCCAUGGGCAAAGAGGAGGAGAAGCGGUUACUUGGCUUGGCUCCUGUAGCUGCCCCAGCCUCUGUAGCAGCUCAGACAAAGACCAAAGACGAUGCCUAUGAUCAGUUCAUGAAGGAAAUGGAAGACCUCUUCUGAUCUCACAAGAUUGUAUUGCUGUUGUUAUGACUGCGAUCUCUAAUCCCAGACAAGAUUUGGCAAGGACCUUGGUCUAGACAGACAACAGAACCAUAUGAUAGGGAAGAACCCAAUUUUGAAGAUCUGCCAACUGUAUGGAAUCUGUGCCAUCUUUGUGUUAGACAGGUGGUCAUCUGCCCUUGGUUACUCCCUGCAUACAUGUAGACAGUUACUCUAGUGAUGCUUUAUAGGGAGGAAAAAGGCCAAGUUGGUGUCUUCAUUUAGGAACCCACAGAGGGUCAAAAGAGGUAUCCUUCACGGCAUUGUGAACCCAUUAUAACAAGAGUAACAAUGUUUUUGUCAACAGAUCUGGAAGUCAUCCCAUGUAGAUCGGGAACUGAUCAAUACAUCUCACCGUCAGAAAGUCUGUUAUUAAGUCAGGAGAGAAAAUUGUUAACAUUGUGUUUGAUUGUGAGGGCCAUGAUAGUGUACAUUAUUGGAAUGAACCCUGGUGCAUGUGAUAUAUCAGCUGUUCUACAUGGGGUAGCCUGUGUUUAGAGUACAUGGAAUGCACACAACCUCUGAUCACAUGAUUUAUUGAUCAUCGCAGGGAAAAUCUUUCUUGCUAUGAUCGCUUCUAAAAUUAUGGAAUGUGUGAAUGUUUUUGUAAAAUUGAUUUGUGUAUCAUUUGAUUGCCUUGUUGAUAGGGUUUGGAAAGUAUGGAAUGUAUUACGGGCUGAUUGUUACUAAUGUAGAUAGCAUGGAUCUAGCUGUGGUAAGACGUAUGUGAGUUUUGUGUUCACGAGUAUUGAGUGUAUGUGGGGUAUUGUUACAAAAGUACUUAUUGACAAGAACAAUAUUGACUGGGUGACUAAGAUUCCUAUUCCCAUGUUAAUACUUUUGGCUAUAUAUCAAAUUAGAAUAAUAAACUUGUAUGGAAGUGU